CAAAAAAAGAAAGACAGAAGAGACAACAAAACACUUGAUAACAAUCAAACUCAAGCUAGGAUCAGUCUUCUUUGUCUCUGUUAUCAAAGAAGUUCUACUACUGACUCAAAAAAACUAAUACUCUUAUUCAAUAACCUUUAGGACUUGAACUUCAAAUACACAACGUGAACAUGACACUAACACAAAAGCACUCGAUAACACUUUAUUAUAACGCACACACACAAAAAACACACACUGAAGGACACAAAACACACAAACACACAAAUUGUUCUAUAGAUUGAUUGAUGGAUUCAUUCCUCUUUCCCCUCCUCUCAAGUGAAGCCCUCUUUAUACAUUUCCUCGAUCCCAAACCCCAACUCGAUCAUUCACAUCUCAGCUAUCUCAACCCCAACCUGUUCUUUACCCCGACCGAUCAUUCUCAAAGUUGUUUAAUGUCUAUGUUCUGCACCCCAAAAUCGAUCCCCCUAUCAAUAACAUCUUCAUCAUGCUCUAUCCAAUUUCGAUUUUGAUCUUUGAUGAAGGUAUGAACCUUGAUUUUAGACUAUCACAACAUUUUCGAUUUUGAGGCUUCUUUUGAUCUUGCAUGCCAAGAGGUGGACACUCUUCAAUCAAUCUAUAAUCAUAUCAUUUGAACUGACUGUACACUACCCUCUUUAUCAAUUGUAUGGGCUUUUAGAUCCCCAAAAUCGAACCUCUUAUGUAUAUGUCUUGUUAAUUUCGAUUUUGACCUGUACUUUAGGUGUUUAUUU